CGUCAGUCUCUUGGCGGGAUUUAGCCUCCGUAAAGAGACAGACAACAAGUGUUUUGAGAUAUUUACAAUGCAGUUUUUAGGCAGAAGAAAGAAGCUGAUAGGCAGCUCUCAGAAUGAUCUGUAUGAUCACUGUCUUCAGUUCUAUGGACAGCCUCCCCUGGAGAACAUCUCUCUCAGUGAAUUUGAAACUUUUGCAGUGGAGAGGUUGAAAUUGCUCAAGACUGUGGAAAACAUUGGAGUGAGCUAUGUGAAAAAUUCUGAGCAAUACACCAGGAAAUUGGAUGCGGAAUUUUCCAGUCUGUACUUCCCAUACAGAAUGGAAUUAGGUGAACGCAAGGUUCAAGGAGGGCCAUCUGAAUAUGAGAAACGAAGAAAAGAUCAUAUCUCCCAUUUUAUUCUACGCUUGGCAUACUGCCAGACGGAGGACCUCAGGCGUUGGUUUAUCCAACAGGAAAUGGAUCUUUUCAGAUACCGGUUCAGCUGCCUUUCUUCAAAGCACAAGACUGACUUUUUGCAUAAAAAUAAUUUGAAGUAUGAGACGGUAAGUGCAGAGGAAAAGAAAAGCAUCAGAGACAAGCUCAUCAACUCCAGCUAUGGUUUGAGUGGAAUCACUGUGGAAGAAUAUGAUUUCUACAAAGUCCCAUUUCAGGAUGCCCUUGAUUUAGUGCGGUCCAGGAAAGUUUACUUGCUGGCUGGCAAUGCCUAUAUUCCCCACCAGGAGAUUGUCACAAUUGUCCUUAAUGACUUCCGCACAAGACUGUCCAAAGCACUUGCCGUGACAGCACGAUCCCUGCCAGCGGUACAAUCUGAUGAACGACUCCAGCCUCUUUUGAAUCACCUCAGCCAUGCCUAUGUGGGUCAGGACUACAGCAUUCAGAAGAACAUUGGGAAAGUUUCACUGGAACAGAUCGAUCCACUUUCAGGCACAUCUUUUCCUCUGUGUAUGAGGCACCUCCACAAGGCACUAAGAGAGAACCACCACCUGCGCCACGGUGGGCGCAUGCAGUAUGGCCUCUUCCUCAAGGGCAUUGGUCUUACUCUGGAACAGGCCCUGCAGUUCUGGAGGUCAGAAUUCGUCAAAGGGAAAGUCGAUGCAGACAAGUUUGACAAAGCAUAUGCCUACAGCAUCCGCCACAUGUUCGGGAAGGAAGGCAAGCGCACUGACUACACCCCCUACAGUUGCAUGAAAGUGAUUUUGUCAAAUCCACCCAGCCAAGGCGACUACCAUGGAUGUCCAUUCCGCCACAAUGACCCUGAGCUCUUGAAACAGAAGUUGCAGUCCUAUAAAAUCUCCCCCAGUGGGAUCAAUCAGAUUCUGGAGCUAGUCAAGGGAAUGCACUAUCAGCUGGCCUGCCUGAAGUACUUUGAGCUGACACACAGUAUUGAGGAUGCCGGGUUUUCUCUUAAUCACCCUAACCAGUACUUCAUGGAGAGUCAAAAGCUUCUUGGUGGAGGCAGGGACAUCAAGAAAGGAGUUGAGAUGUCCCAAAGAGGGCAAGACAAUGUGUCAAAUAAUGCACCCAACAUGCCCUACCCACCUCAAGCAAACUCCAAACAGAUCCAAGAAGAGAUGGGGGAUUUAGACUCUUUCUUCCUUGAUGAGUGAUUUUGUACAACCAAACUAAGGACCCCAUAUAUAGAGCUCUUGCAUUCAGCGUGUUUUCAGUGUUGAUGUUAGUUGAAGCUUUCUGUAAUUUUCUUGUAUUUUUGUUAAUAGAAAAGAUAAUUUACCAAAUUGCCUGGUUAUAUAAAUAAAAUAAACCAAUAAAACAAUUGAUUAUAAAUUUUCAUUUUUCAUAGAAAAAAGCUUUCAUGUUUGUUUUUCUUUAACUACAACAAGCAUUAAAAACUCAUCUCCAACCUAAUAGUAAACAGUGUAGUAAUCAUCUGGGAUAGAUUGUUUUUUCUGUCCCUGUUGUUUGUUCUGGUUGAUACAAUGAUGUCUUAAAAUUAUUUUUUGGAAAUGGAAUCAGAGAACUUGCAUUUACUUUAUUUCCUAAGGUGAUUGCAGUGAAUGCAAGCUAUACAUUAUAUCAGUACAUGUGUUCCCUGAGAAUGGAACCCAUGAACUUGCAGUUGUUUGUGCUAUGCUCUAACAGUUAGAAGGAUUUACAGGAGCAGAACUGUAUUUAUUUUUGACAGAAAAGUUUGCAGGUGCUGAUUUGACUGCUAGGGUACUGCUGCACAUGUCAGGGUUGGAAAUAAAAUACAGUGGGUCUUUAACAAGGUUGGUGAAAUACCUUGGAUUGUUCAGAGUGAAACAUCUGCAACAUUCUCUUUCUUGAAGACACCAUGAAAUCGUUUGAUGAGUGCAGUUUUAUUUUCUGUAUUGACAUAUUUCCUAU